AUGAACCGCGGAUCUAGCAGCCGAUCCAGCCGAUUGCAAGCGAUCAACGAUGCCUACGAUCGCGCCGCAAGCGAGCCCCUGAGUAACAACAAGAAGAGCAAACCCCGCCAUAGACCAGCCAUUCGCCUUGCGGACCACUCAGACCACAACGUUGCUGCUGGGGUGCGCUCGUCUCAACAAACCGAAGGCUCGUACAAGACUGUCACAGCGAGCUCUACAGAUGGCCAUGCCAGCACUACGACACCUGCUCAACGAGCACCGACCAAGGCUACUUCGAAUUGA